AACAAAUUUUUCCUUUCAUAAUUUUCGUGAAAUGAGGUAUUUAUCGAAAUUUCGAAGUUUAGAUUCAACUCCAUCUCAAAACAUACUUCAAUUCCAGUGUAGUAAGCUCAAAAAUUAUAAAGCUUCGACACAUUCUAAGUCUUCAAAGUUUCGAAAUUCUAGAACGAGAACUCAAGAAACGCUGACGGAAACAAAAAAUUUGGCUUCUAUCUUCAACAGCAUUACAGAGAUACUAGGAACUCCCGAAGAGAGUAUUGAUUCAUGUGGGGUUUCAAGUUUUGAAGAUACCCAUGUUAGAAAUUUGAAAGAACCAUUAGAACGAAGGCCAAGUGUUUGUAGAAGUGCCCAAGUGAGUGCUUUGGAAGAGACCCAGUUAAGAAAAUCUGUGAUAAAUGAUGAUGUGAGUCCUAUUGCUCAUAAGAUUACUGAAAUUAUACGUGUUCAAGAUGUUACAGUUUCUUUUGAGGAGCGCUUAGAGAAGUCGGGUUUUUUGUUAGAUUCAGAUACAGUUGACAAAGUAUUGAAGAGAUGUUUUAAAGUUGGUCAUUUAGCUUAUAGAUUCUUUAACUGGGUGAAGCUUCAAAAUGGACAUUACCACACCACUAGUACUUACAAUACUAUGUUAUACAUUGCUGGAGAAGCAAAAGAAUUCGGUCUGGUUGAUAAAUUGGUUAAAGAAAUGGAGAUGGAAUCAUGUUCAAAAGAUAUCAAAACGUGGACCAUUCUCAUUUCUAGCUAUGGGAAGGUGAAUAUGAUUGGAAGAUGUUUACAUGUUUUUGAGAGUAUGAGGAGAUCUGGCUGUCAACCUGAUGGAAUGGCCUACAAAUUGAUCGUUCGUACGUUGUGUGCUGCUGGAAAAGCUGACAUUGCCUUGGAGUUCUACAAAGAGAUGGUAUUUAUGAAUAUGGAGGUUGAUAUGAAUUUAUAUAAACAGUUGUUGAAUUGCUUAUCGGGAUCAGGAAAUCUCUCAUCUGUUCGACUGAUUGGAGACGAUAUGAUAAAUGUAUCCCAGAUUCCUGAGCAGAUUGUUUAUUCUUGCAUGCUUAGGUGUUUUUGCAUUUCAGGGAGAAUCGAAGAAGCAAUAGAAUUGCUUCAUGAACUUAAGAGUAAGAAGAUAACACUUGAUCCUACAAAUUAUGAAAUUUUGGUGAAAGGGCUAUGUAAUACUGCUAGAGUUGCAGAUGCCUUAGAAAUUAUAGAAAUUAUGAAGCAAAAUCAGUUUGUUAACGGAAGAGUAUAUGGAAUUGUUAUAACUGGGCAUUUAAAGAGAGGUGAGUUAGAGGAUGCCUUUGAAAUGUUUACAGGAAUGAAAGAAUCUGGACAUCUUCCUAUGGUUUCGACUUAUACCCAGCUAAUGCAACACCUUUUUAGGUCGAAUGAGUACGAAAGAGCUUGCAAACUUUACAGGGAGAUGUUGGAGAAUGGAGUUGAACCGGAUAUUGUGGCAUUUACAGUUUUGAUCACAGGUCAUGUGCAGCAUAACCAUGUCACGGAAGCAUGGGAUAUUUUUAAUCAUAUGAAGGAUAAAGGUGUAAAACCCACUCCAAAAUUCUAUUUGAUCUUUGUUAAGGAGCUCUGUAAGGUUGCAAGAACAGAUAAGGCUCUUGAUCUUUUGAACGAGAUGAGGAGCUCAAAAAUGAACAUCUCAGAUGAAAUGUUUCACUUGGUAAUAUCCUCGUCUGAGAGAAAAGGUGCCAUAAAGACAGCUGAAAAGGUGAAGCAGAUCUGGAGAGCCAUUUACAGUCAAGAAAAUGAUUCAGUAUAUCUACCCACCAGUCACCAGUCUCUCGAUGUAGCUACCAACACUGUCGUUGAUACAUGCCAGCCCCUAGAAUUCUGCUGCAGUUCAAAACCUACCCAACUACAUCCACCGCGGGAAAAAUUUCUUUUGGAGCCACUGAGUAGAGUUUAUAGUGAUUAUAAUUUUCAAGAGAAUUUUACCGUCCUCCAGAUCUGUAAAAUUUUAUCGUCCUCCAUGGACUGGAGCUCAAUGCAAGAAGCUCUGGAUAAGCACACUAUUCAGUUCACUCCUGAGCUUGUUCUCGAUGUUCUUCGCCAUUGCCAACACUAUGGUAAUGCUGCAUUGAGUUUCUUUUCAUGGGUGGGGUCGCAGUCUGAUUAUAGCCACACUGCAGAGACCUAUAACAUGGCCAUAAAAUUAUCUGGAUCUGGGAAAGAUUUUAAACACAUGAGAAACCUCUAUUUGGAAAUGAGAAGAAAAGGCUCUUUGGUAACUUCAGAAACAUGGACUAUCAUGAUAAUGCAGUACGCUCGAGCAGGUUUGACUGAGAUUGCUAUAAAGAAAUUUAAAGAAAUGAAAAGUGAUGGGUGUAAACCAAAUGGAAAUACGUUCAAGUAUUUGCUAAUGUUUCUUUGUGGGAAGAAAGGCCGAAAGGUAGAUGAAGCCGUCAAACUGUUCCAUGAUAUGAUCAGAGCCAAGUAUGUGCCAGACAAAGAACUGGUUGAAAUCUAUCUUAAUUGUCUGUGUGAAGUAGGAAAAAUAUCAGAUGCUCAAAAAUGCAGAGAAUAUUUAUGCCAGAGUGGGUUUAGCAAGCCUCUUAGCUAUUCUUUGGUCAUUAGGGCCCUUUGCCGUGCGGGGAGGCUAGACGAAGCUCAAGCUAUGGUAGAUGAAGUAGGGGAAGAAAGAUCUAAACUUGAUCGAUAUAUUUACGGAAGUCUUGUUCAUGGUUUACUAAGAGCAGGUAGGGUGGAUGAAGCCUUAGCGAAGGUGGAUAAAAUGAAAGAGGAAGGUACCAGUCCAACAGUACAUGUAUAUACAUCGCUAAUUGUCCACUUCUUUAAGAAGAAACAGAUUGAGAAAGCUUUGGAUUUUUUCAAGAAAAUAGGAGAAGAUGGUUGUGAGCCAACCAUUGUUACGUUCUCCGCGCUGAUCCGUGGUUAUAUGAACAUGGAGAUGGUUAGUGAUGCUUGGAAUAUCUUUCGACGUAUGAAGCUUAAAGGACCUGUACCUGAUUUUAAAACAUAUUCAAUGUUCAUGACAUGCCUCUGUGAGAUAGGCAGGUCUGAAGAAGCCCUGCAGCUAUUAUAUGAGAUGCCAAGUAGUGGGAUAAUCCCUAGUUCCAUCAAUUUUCGCACUGUUUAUUAUGGGCUAAAUAGAGAAGGCAAAAAUGAUUUAGCUCAUACUGUAUUACAAAGAAAAUGGGAUCUCAUGAAUAAAAGAAAGCUUUCAUCUUAAAUUU